AUGAAUCAUUUGUUCAUUGAUCUUGAACCAAAAGUUUUUGUGUAUCUUGACGACUUGGUAAUAGCCACGGAAUCGUUUCAAGAACACCUGGAAAUUCUGCAAGAAGUCGCACGAAGAUUGAAGAAUGCUGGUCUGACAAUCAAUGCAGAAAAGUCAGUUUUCUGCAGGAAGAGCUUGAGGUACCUAGGAUAUGUACUGAAUGAAGAAGGUUGGCACGUAGAUGAGGACAAAGUGGAAGCUAUUAGUAAGUUCCCCGCUCCAACGAAUAAGAAGGAAGUGCAACGGUUCAUCGGGAUGUGCGGCUGGUACCGACGGUUCAUCAAAGACUUCUCACAAACGGCAGUCCCGCUAACAGAACUCACCAAGGCAAAAACUAAAUUCAAGUGGACGGAAGAUUGCGAGAGAGCUUUCCAGUCACUCAAGUCACAUCUAAUCUCGGCACCAGUAUUGGCAACUCCAAAUUAUUCCAAGCCGUUCGCAGUCGCCUGUGAUGCAAGUGAUGUCGCAAUUGGAGGAGUACUCACGCAGGACUACAGCGGAGGAGAGAAGGCUAUUUCCUACUUUUCGCAAAAACUCUCAUCAGCUGAAAGGAAGUAUUCGGUAACACAGAGAGAGUGUCUUGCAGUCAUUCGGUCGAUCGAAAAGUUCCGAGGAUACCUCGAAGGAACUUCUGAUCCGCGGUUCGACAACCUACUGGAGGAGAUUCAAACAGAUUCGGAUAGAUUUCCAGACUUUAGGAUAAUCGGAGAUCAGUUAUACAAAAACUGCAUCAUGAAGGAUGAAACUGGAGGUAAAUGUCAUCGUUGGAAGAAGGUCAUUCCUACGCAUUUGCGCCAGGAGCUCAUACAUCGAUAUCAUGAUAUACCUACAGCAGCUCACCUGGGGUGUGAGCGCACACUGCAUCGCAUUCAACGAGACCACUAUUGGCCCCAAAUGGCAACGGACAUCCGCAAAUAUGUACAAGCAUGUGAUGUUUGCAAGGCCAACAAGGCUGAUGCCCACGCUAGGAAAUGCCAAACCGGCUCAGUUACCGUGGGAACAGAUAUCGAUCGAUUGGCAAAUGCCCAAAAGAUGUCAGAUUUUUUGGAGCACUACGUGUUUCAUCGAUUCUCGACACCAAGGAUCAUCGUUUCGGAUUCUGGCUCUCAAUUUCUCUCUCAGGCAUUCCAAUCACUGCUUAAAAGAUACAACGUUAUCCACAUGAGAACCGCAUUCUACACUCCGAUGUGUAACGCAGCUGAGCGGACCAAUCGUACGCUGAUCACUUGCGUAAGAUCUCUCUUGGAUGAUGACCAACGAAACUGGGAUGUACACAUUCAGCAAGUAGUAUGCGCAAUCAACACAGCAAAGCACGAAUCUCUUGGAUGUAGUUCCCACUAUUGUGAUUUCGGAAGAGAUCACAUCUUAUUCAUCAAUCGAUACCCCCUCGCUAAGCUGAAUUCCGCUGAGGAUCCCGUCGAGGCACAAAAGUUACGAAUCGCAGCAGCACAAAACAUACAACAUUUCGUAUUAUCCAGGAUCAAGGCAGCCCACGAUAGCAGCAAGCAGCGUUACGAUCUUCGAGCACGACACCGAGGGUUCACUGUAGGCGAAAUAGUAUGGAGACAUGUUACGAUUUUCCUCAACGAGGCAAACCACACAAAUGUAAAGAGUACCACAUAG